AUGAGUAGUCUGAGUUGGAACUGUCGUGGGCUUGGGAACCCAUGGGCCAUUCAGUUCCUGGAAGAUAUUUGUUUUCAAAAGAAGCCCAAAUUCCUUUUCUUGUGUGAAACUCUUUGCACUAAAGAGUUGGUGGACCGUGUACGUGUUAUACUUGGCUUUGAGGGGGCUUUUUCUGUUGAUGUAAAUGGUAGAAAAGGAGGACUUGCUAUGUUCUGGAGAUUGAAUGAUGAAGCUAAGAUGUUGGGCUUCUCCCAACACCAUAUCGACUUGGAGGUAAGUAUUCAAGAUUUUAACAAUAUUGCAAGUAAUGACGAGAAGAAAGGAGGCCGCCCAUAUCCUUCUGCACUAAUAUCUGGUUUUCAAUCAGCCCUUGAUGAUUGUCAUCUUAUCGACUUGGAGCUUAGACGUUAUCCCUUUACUUGGGAACGCGGAAAAGGUACUGACCAUUGCAUUGAGAUUAGGCUGGACAAAGCUACUGUAACACAUGAAUGGCUGGAUAUUUUUAAUCACUCGACUCUUACCAAUAUUGGCUAUACCUGUUUUGAUCAUGCACCUAUUUUCUUGCAACCCGAAACCAUAUCUCAGGCUGCCCCUUUUCACUGCUUUAGAUACAAAAAUGUAUGGUCUCGUGAACCCAUUUAUUCUCAGUUGAUUGAAGAUUGCUGGGCUAAUUCACAAGGCGUACCUAUAUCCAAUAAUUAUUUUGAGCUUUUGGCUCAGCAAGACAUUUACUGGAAACAACGAUCGAAACAAUUUUGGCUCCACUAUGGCGAUAAAAAUACCAAGUACUUUCAUGCUUCUGCAAGUGCUAGGAAAAGAAACAAUCAAAUCCGUCAACUCCAAAAUUCUGAUGGUGUUUGGACCGAUUGGGAAGCUGGACUUGAUCAAGUUAUUGUCAAUUAUUUUAUUGAUCUUUAUACUACUAGUUGUUCGGAAAAUGCUUUGGUGAUUAGUGAGAUUAAUUGCAUUGUUAGUGGUAGUCAAAAUGAAGAGCUUUUGAAACCGGUUUCAUGUGAGGAGGUGAAACUUGCUUUGUUCCAAAUGCACCCAGAUAAAGCUCCUGGUCCUGAUUGCUCCUUCCCAAAAGAGCUGAAUGAAACUAAUCUUGUUUUAAUCCCUAAAAAGAAGAAUGUUGCUACAAUGGGCGAUUUAAGGCCUAUUUCUCUUUGUAAUGUCAUUUACAAAUUGAUUCCUAAAGUUCUUGCAAACCGAAUGAGAAGUAUUAUUGAUCUUAUUAUCUCAGAUACUCAAAGUGCGUUUAUCCCUGGACACCUCAUCUCUAAUAAUAUUAUGGUUGCUUUUGAAGUCAUGAACUAUCUCAAACGGAAAACAAAAGGCAAGAAACACUAUAUGGAUCUUAAAUUGGACAUGAGCAAGGCCUAUGAUCAGGUUGAGUGGAGUUAUCUUCGUGCUGUUAUGCUUCAAAUGGGAUUUGCUGAACGAUGGGUAAAGUUGAUUAUGUUUUGUGUUUCAUCAGUAAGCUACUCUAUUAUGCGUGAUGGCCACGGAAUGGGACCUAUUCUCCCUCCACGAGGCAUUUGUCAAGGCGACCCAUUAUCCACUUAUCUCUUUAUUAUCUGUGCUCAUGGCUUCUCUGCUCUUAUCAAGAAAUUUGAAUCUCAAUAG